UCCAAAUUAUAAUGAGCAGUUUUUGCUAUCAGGAAAAUACGCCAAAUAUGUGGUCAAGAUGCAGCAAUUACUGUUUACUAUGCUCUAUUUCAAGUCAUUUGACAUACGGGACAAUAUGUUGGGACAAUGCUGCUGACACACAUAUCUCAAGAGUCUUUAUUUUGCAAAAAUCAGCCAUAAGAGCCAUAACACUUGCUUCUUGGCAAGCCAGUUGUAGACCAGUAUUCCCAGAACUUAAAAUUAUGACACUCUAUGCAGUAAUAAUCUAUCAAAACCUUCUAUUCGUAAGAAAUAAUAUUAACACAUUUUUUUCCCACUCAGAUAUCCAUAACUAUAAUACAAGGCACAAAGAUAACUUAGUCCCUAUCCAGUAUAGACUGGAAAGGACAAAGAAAUAUUAUAUUGAGCUAUACAAUAUACUACCACUUAAUUUUACAAAUCAGCCUAUAGAUAAAUUUAAACAUGCAUUAAAACAAAUGUUAUCCAAUAAUUGCCUAUAUAGCUUAGAGGAAUUUAAAUCAAUACAGAUGGAGGAUGGAGGCUGUCACUGUGGCCUCUGAGUGAUUCAGUGAACUAUGUUGUAAAUGUUUGUAAAAUCCAAUUUUAUAUUUAGGUAAAUUUUUAUAUAUAUAUAUAGUUUUAAUUGUAAUUUGACA